AUGUUCACAUCAAUUAUUUUAUUUUAUAUCGUUUCAACAACUAUAUUUCUUUUUACUUCGUCAAACGAAGCUGUAUGUAUUAAUAAAGCGGUUUAUGAUAGUUGUAGAAAUAUAGGCGACACUAAAUUAGCUUCUUGUCCACCAUCGGAAAUUCAACUUUGUUUUCAACAAUGUCGAGACGAUCUUGAUAUUCAAAACGAAGGAAAAGCCUACGAGCCUGCGGUCCAACAGUUUUGUGGGCUUGCAGCAUCUGUCGCAACAACUUCCUUUGUACCUACUGGUAAUUCUACAUCAUCAUCGUCUGGCAGCAACAUUCCAACAACCACAAUCACCACAAAAACUACUAGUAACGCAAAUAAAUUAUCACUAUCGAAACCAAUUGUGAUGUUUUUAAUUUUCUUGUUAGUUGGUUACAUUGUGAUGGUUUAA